UUUGUGCACCCAACUGGCCAAGACCUGUUCUUACUUGGGUUACCUGCGCCAUGUUUGUCACUUCUGAUGGAUACAUUAAAUGGAAAUAAAACAAAAUAUAAGCUAUAAAGAAAGAUUACUCAGCAGUCAAAAUCCACCGAUGAUUCAAGUUUGAUAUUACGAAAAUCACUAUGCGAUGCCAUGCAUUGCAACUUAAGGAAAAAACAACUGUUGUUUUUUUCUGUUUAUCACUGUUGAAAUUUUGCGAUUGAAUAAAUUUGUCAAUACAACUCGAGUUAUAUCUUUCAUUCAUUUUCUUUCUGUACGAAGCUGUAAAAAUUUUUCGCAGCCCAGAAAGUUUCAGUUCCAUGUGCCCCGCAACAAAGAUUUACUCGAAAUUUUUCCUUCCAAAAAAUUUGCCUCUCAAAGAAACCUAGCAGAAACAAUUCUGAUGAUUAGAAAUUUUAGGCCACUGCUUGUAGAACAUAAGGAGAGAUAGAUAAACUUUUCUGUUCUGCUUACUAUAUUCAACUCUAAAUCUGUCAAUAGCAGAUUGUGAUACUAAUGAAUACCAUGUCACAGAACGUGCAAUAUGCGCAUCGCCGAAAUUUGUGUAGCACAUGAUUGUGUGCGAACAAAAUGUGUGUGUGUUUUCAAUUCGCUUUAAAAACAAUGAAAAAUUAAAGACAUACGAGAAAAUGUAGGUGAAGCGCUUGACUCGGAGCAGAGAGGUUCGUAUACCGCUUCACCAAUGUAGCUUUACCAAACUCUUGUGCAGUGGACUUGACUUACAGCGAGAGUAGCUAUAAAAAUAAUAUUUUUCUGAUAUUAUGAUAUUUUUCGAAUAGAUAUAUAGCUUAAUAUCUCACGUAAUUUCGCUUAAACAUUGUUUUUAACAUCCGUUGUUUGCCUUGGUUUGCUCAUUAACUACAAAACAUUGUUUAUAAUCUUUGUUCACAAUUUUAACUGGUAAAGCAGGUUACCGAUUCGAUAUCAUUAAUGGUCACUGAGGUAUCAAUGCUAAUAUGUACUAUUUGGUGUUCAUUCUUUGUUUUGUUAAAACUGCCACUUUCCGACAGUUGUUGCCUGUGGAAAAUUAUCCAGAUUUGCUGGUUAUCUUUGGUAGGAGAACAGUGUGAAUACUGGUGGUGCAUUCUUUAACAGGCUGGAAGGGAAUUAUCAUAUUACGAAGUUUGUGAAAUUUUCUUUAGUCGAAGUGAAAAUGCUUUCUUUCAAGUACAUUAUAAUAACUGCACUGGUGGCCUUUGUGGGUCUGGGUUCGACGAGUAAACUCUCUGCGGAAAUGGCUGCGAAAAGGAUAGGUUAUACUGCAACAGCCAUUCUUCCAGCAAAUGGUGGGCCUUACUCGACGGAAUCAUCGAUAAUCGCUGCCCUGUCAAAAGUUGUCGGAGGUAGACGCGACGAAGCCAUGAAUGAUUUGUACGCUGCGGUGGCAACCAUCACUAAUUAUAUCAUUAAUGAUCGGUUUCUCUACAUGAUCGGCAAGGACGCGAUUGAUAGCAUCAGCCGCAGCAAAAAAUUUGCCAAGACACGAGAAGCCUUUGCGAACUACAACAGAGCCCUGUUCACGCACUUGUUUGAGCUUCAAGAUGUCACAGAUCGUAAAGAAAUACUUGCACAAAUAGAGCGAGCAAUGUACUAUGUCAAAAGGGCUUUUGCCGACGAUGUGUACAAACUCAGUGAUCAAUCAAAGACUAUCAAGAAAAUGAAAAAGCUUAAAGACUGGGGCGGAACAAAUGAUAUUACAAGCAUCAUAUCAUUUGCCUUUGACGUCAUAUCUCUACGUGUAAAUCUACGGUUACUACGCGAUGCAAUUGACAAUCACGAGUCGAUUAACGUUGCCGCGCAUUGUCUCGGGAUAAGCGCAGGAAUAAUCGGUAUUGACGAUUUUGUUGCUGCUGUUAAAAGUGAAAUCAGAGUUUUGAGCUACACUGGGAUGAUGGUGGGCUCUUUAAUGAAUGUGGCAGUUACGUUUUUAAACAUACAUAACCAAAAUCACUUCACUGAAAGUAAGACAGAUGUAGAGAUCAACUUUGAGAGUAAAACAGCCAUCGAGACGUUGGGUGAGCAUUCAAAGAAGCAAUUGAGAAUGCUCAUGCUAUUCUUAUCGAAUCAAAAGCUGUUUCUUAACGAUAUCUAUGUUGUCAAUCAAGGUGUUUUGCCAAAAUGGGGAAUACUGUAUGGAGAAGACAGGGGUGCUUUGCAGUUUGGAGCAUUUAGUAAUGGCAGUGAAGGUGAUUCCCCAAUAUACAGAAAAGAGGAUAGCUCGGAUAUUUUUCUUGUGGCUGGCAAGGCAAGGCGUGUUCGAAAAGCUGAGCAACCAAGAGCAGAUGUAGAGACCGAUAUAGUUGGGUUCGAUUUUUAUGGAACGUUUUCACGUGGUUACCCAUACAAAGGAAGCACGGUCAUUGUUUCAACUGAAAACAUAAACACUCAGAAAUACCGUUUAAACAGCCUGAAAAUCAAUACUUGCUUGCAGAAGCAAUGGUACCAUCCGAGCGACCAUUUGUUGUUGACUGAUAUGAUGAACAUUGAUCAAGGUGAGAACAUCGAUGUUAACAUGGGGAAGGGGGACGAUGUUAUAAUCAUCAAUGGUAUGUUGGGUCGAUUUGAAAACAGCAGUGAGGGUCUGUUAAAAGCUGAUCUAGGCAGUGGGUUGAACUCUCUCUCUUUUGAAGGCAUGGAUCAAAAUCGCAAAGACAUUAAAGGCGUCUUCUUCGACUCCAAAGAUGGCAAGCUGAGCUAUUUCCAUGGCCCUGAUGCAAAACUGCACAAUAUAGGGACGGUCCAGCCCAUUCAUAUUCUCUUUGGAUCCCCAUUUAAUGAUUACAUAAUUCUUUUCGGUGUUGACAAUGGAAAUCCAAAUGGUCAUGAUUUCACUGUCAUUCAAAGGUCAGGCAAAAAUUUCUAUGAAAUAGACAUCGAUCAAGUGAUAGCAUCAGCGCCAAAAAGACGGUUCAAAAUUAUUGACAACAGCAAGAAAUUCCCAACCAUCGUCAUUAGGACGUCAGGCAACGUAACAAGAAAUGAGCUUGUUUUUGUUGGUAAUGUCUUCAAGGUUUACAAACAAAAAGAUAAGAAGAUGCCAAUCCAGGCUAUUGUGUCAGUGCAUGUGAUCUCAAAAGACGUUCCAAUGAUAAAGGUUGUGGAUGCAUAUGACAACUCAGUAAUGGAUGAUAUAAAGAGUAACAGUUUAGGGCCAGAAUUUGUCAAAGGGUUGAGUAUUGAAAGCAAAGUAAGUACCAGUGUUAAUGGAUCAGAGUUGAACGAUGUCUGUGUUUUACAAUGCAGUGAGAAGCGCUCAAGCCCUGAGCUGGUUGUCGUUGAUUUAGGCCAAGGAGAAGAUGUUGUUGUCUUAAAAGAUAGCACAUUUAUGGAACCCUGUGGAAUCAAUAGUGAGGACUUUAAGGUUUGGUUGGAACCAAAAUUUAACAAUGGAACUGACGGAGAAGGCAAUGAAGAAUGGUUUCUAAAAGUAGAAAGAAAAAACAACGUCUUUCGAACGUAUUUUUUGAGAAACGUUGAAAAGAUUGUGAAUGCAUUUGGGUCAUUGAUCGUCAAUUUAGCUAAUGAAAAACGAACAACUACUAAUUUACUUACUACAUAUAUAUCUGUGACGUCACAUGAAAUAGGUCUGUUUAAGUAAGAAAAGGAGAAGCUCUCUUUUUCUCUUUUGAACUGAGAAUGUAUGCUUUGCGUUUUAGAUGAUAGGAUUGAAUAAAAUUGUUAGCAGUUUAAAGAGGAUAUUUAGUUAGCAUUAAUGCCUUUUAGUGUGCAGCGCACGCAGGUCUAUAGAAAUAUGGACAAUCUUAUCGCGGAUAAUUUUUUAGAUACAACAAUUUGUCAUGCUGGGUAUCAAGACUUUUUUAAAUACAAGCCCAAAUCUGUCUGCUUUUAGAUACCAUAAUUUUAUUGAGGGCUAAAUAAGGAAGUUUUGAUGGGAUUUUGAAAAAUGACACAUUAUAGCAAUGACGUAUUUUGGAGGAAGGGAUGGGUCGAUAGAGCUCUUCUUAAAUUGCUAUUUACAAGAAGGAAAGAGUGUAUUUUGAAGUUAGCUAUAAAAAUCUUUGUUAUUUAAAGUUAGUUAGUUAUUUAUUGAUUGGAGAUGUUGUCUCUUUUAUUAUACGGUCAGAAAACUUUUCUCUAAUUUAUAGUAUGAUUGAAACUUGCAAAUUUAUUGUCUAAAAGUUGUUUGUCUUUUCUAAGAAAGAAUUGGCUCGACAAAUCAACGGAGGAUAGAUUCAGCAACAUACAGUAUAUCCAGCAGUAUUUUUAAUAAAACGGGCUUCUUUUGCACUUUUAGAACGACAGGAAAGUUUAUAAUAACUCGUACAGAUCAAAUUCUAAGCGCAAUACAAAACAACGAAAGUUCUGUCUCUCUGUUUCCUUUCUGACUCUUCUCUGUUGUGAUUCCGAGACCUACUGCCAAAAAAGUUCAUUAUGUACCAACUUUUGCCAUUCUAUGCUUACAUGAAAAGAAAUUUUUUCUGUAGAAUAACCAAGCAGACUAAAAUGUAUCAAAAUUAAGUUUCAGACAGACACGUUCAAUAAUUUGGAGUGUACCACCCCAACAAUCCAUGUCCCUGUUUUGCGUAUACCCUGGUUAUCUUAUCUGCUCUAUAAAAUCAAAAUUUACAAAAAGUCUUCAACUACGAGAGAAAUUAUCAAAGCGUUCUUUAAAAAGUAUACAAUUCUUGUCUGAAUGAUUGGCUUAAGAGAGUUUAAAUGUCAAAACAAUCUUGUAACUGAACUACUGGAUGGCAAAGAGUGCAGUCCCUAGUAAUUUCUCGAAGUAAAUAUUUUUACUAUAGGUGACGCAACCUUUAAUAAAUUUUGUUUUUGGGAAAAGGAAAGAUUACAAGAAAUA